CUUUCUUUUAUAUUUCAUUAAAAAUGGCCAACGUUCCUCAUGGUGGUGUCCUCAAGGACCUUCAACUUCGUGACGCUGAUAAGCAAGAAAGCCUUAAGGCUGAAGCUGCCUCUUUGCCUUCUAUUGUCUUGACAGACCGUCAAUUAUGUGACCUUGAAUUGCUCUUGAAUGGUGGUUUCUCUCCUCUUGAAGGCUUCUUGAACCAAAAGGAUUAUGAAGGUGUCGUUGAGAACAUGCGUCUUGCUGAUGGUACAUUGUGGCCCAUUCCUAUCACUCUUGAUGUUAGCCAAGAAGAAGUGAAUGAAGCCAAGAUUGAACCCUCCAAGCGUAUUGUCUUGUUGGAUCCCCGUGAUUACGAACCUUUGGCUAUCUUGACUGUUGAGGAUGUUUACAGACCUGACAAAUCCAAGGAAGCUACUUUGGUUUAUGGUGCUGAUGAUCUUGCCCAUCCUGCUGUCAACUACCUUCACAACAAGGCUAAGGAACUCAACGUUGGUGGUUCCCUUGAAGCCAUUCAACCUCCUUCUCACUAUGAUUACGUUGCCAACAGAUUCACUCCUACUGAACUUCGUGCACAUUUCAAGAAGCUUCAAUGGACCCGUGUUGUUGCCUUCCAAACUCGUAACCCUAUGCACCGUGCUCACCGUGAAUUGACUGUCCGUGCUGCUCGUCAACGUAAGGCUCACUUGCUCAUUCACCCUGUUGUUGGUCUUACCAAGCCCGGUGAUAUUGAUCACUACACUCGUGUUCGUGUCUACAAGGCUUUGAUGCCCAAGUACCCUAACGGUAUGGCCGAACUCAGUUUGUUGCCCUUGGCUAUGCGUAUGGGUGGUCCCCGUGAAGCUGUAUGGCACGCAUUGAUCCGUAAAAACCACGGUAUCACUCACUUCAUUGUUGGCCGUGACCAUGCUGGUCCCGGUAAGAACUCUCAAGGUGUUGAUUUCUAUGGUCCUUAUGAUGCUCAAGCCUUGGUUGAAAAGUACAAGGAAGAAAUCGGUAUUGAAAUCGUUCCUUUCCAAAUGGUCACCUACUCUCCCGAUACUGAUGAAUACAUUCCUGCCGAUGAAGUUCCCGAAGGUGUCAAGACCUUGAACAUCAGUGGUACUGAACUUCGUCGUCGUCUCAAGAACGGCUUACCUAUUCCUGAAUGGUUCUCUUACCCUGAAGUUGUUGCUGUCUUGCGUCAAUCUCACCCUCCUCGUAGCCAACAAGGCUUCACUAUCUUCUUCACUGGUCUUCAUGCCUCUGGUAAGAAUGCCAUUGCUCGUGCCCUUCAAGUGUCUUUGAACCAACAAUCUACUCGUUCUGUCUCUCUCUUGGCUAGUGAAAAUGUUCGUACUGAGCUCUCUUCUGAACUCGGUUUCUCUAAGCGUGAUCGUGAUAUCAACAUUGCUCGUCAAGCUUUUGUUGCUGGUGAAUUGACCCGUGCUGGUGCUGCUGCCAUUGUUGCUCCUAUUGCUCCUUAUACUGAAGCUCGUGAUGCUGCCAGAAAGACUAUUGAACAAUACGGUGGUUUCUACCUUGUUCAUGUCGCUACUCCUCUUGAAGAAUGUAUCAAGCGUGACCGUGAUGGUAUUUAUGAACGUGCUCAACGUGGUGAAAUCAAGGAGUUCACUGGUCUUGAUGCUCCUUAUGAAAUUCCUACUAAUGCUGACUUGACUAUUGACAUUACUAAGCAAUCUGUCUCUCAAGCUGUUCACGAAAUCAUCUUGUUGCUUGAAAAGGAUGGUUACGUUGGCUCUGCUUAAUCUUUUUUACUCUUAUAUCCUUCCGUUUUUUUGUUUAUAAAUAGACUUGUGUAUUAUAAAACUUUAUUAUUUAAUUAA